CACCUUGUUACGACUUUGUACUAAAUUUUUAGGUGCAGAAUAUAAAAGUAUCAGCAUACUGAACAUAUUUUAUCAUAUUUUAGGUGUUGCAUACAAUGAAAUGAUAUGGGACUUGAAAAUACAGCUUUGAGGUAAGCCUCUGUUAGUUAUUCUAGUAAAAGUUUACUUCCAGAAGGUGAUCUGCUGAAUCUAUUGGCUUUAUUUCAAGCAUCACUUCCUUGGACAAAUGAGAGUGUUGGUUGUUUCAUACAAGAAAUUUGGUUGCAAUUACAUCAUGUCCUGUUUUCCUUUGAACCAAAAUUAGAUGCAAUGCUUACAAAAUAAGUUUUGGGUAUUUAAUAAAGAUAGCUGCACCACAAUAAAUUUACAAUUGUAUACACAAAAUGUUCACUCUUAUUAAUGAACACUGGUGAAGUGUACAAUGGUUUCCAGCAAUACUUCUACCCCAAGUUUGGAAGGAAACUUAACAUAUUGUUACCCACAAAGAAUUUAAAUGCUCGAUUGCCCUAAACAAGGAAGUACUAAAAUUUAAUUUUGUAUAAUAGAUAACACAUACACAUGAGAAAUUCGAAGAUUUGCAUGCAAUGACAUGAAUUUAAAGAUAUUAUUCAAACAGGCGAUAAAUAAUGAUUUUUCCAAUUUUAUCAUGUUAUUUACUACAGUUGGUUGUUUAAAAAUAAAUCUUUUAAUGCUCACUUUUCGGUGUACGUAGUAGCUAUGAAUGGAAUUAAAAGAAGAAAUAUUUUACACUAAUAGUAGUGGUUUAAAUUGCAAAAGUAAAGGGCACAUAUUAACUAAUUUUGGUUCUUAUAAAGUUAUGUGUAUGUAUUACUAUUUCCAAAUUAAAUUAUGUCCACUCCCACAGAUGAUAACUCUUUCAAUUGUUCCCUGUGCAGCUAUACAUGUACCAAACGUGAACAAUUAAAAAGGCAUAUGGUAAAGCACACAGGUGAGAAAUCAUUUAAGUGUUCCCUAUGCAGCUAUGCAUGUAAUUGGAAACAUAGUUUAAAAAAACAUAUGUUAACUCACACAGGUGAGAAACCAAUUAGGUGUCCUCUGUGCAUUUAUUCAUGCACUCAAAAAGAAAAUUUAAAAAGCCAUAUGUUAAUUCACACAGGUGAGAAACCAUUUAAGUGUUCUGUAUGCAGCUAUGCAAGUAUUAAGAGUCAGGAUGUACAAAGGCAUAUGUUAACUCAUACAGAUGAAAAACCAUUGAAGUGUUCCCUGUGCACCUAUGCAUGUAAUGUGAAACAUAGUUUAAAAAUGCAUAUGUUAACUCACACAGGUGAGAAACCAUUUAAGUGUUCUGUAUGCAGCUAUGCAAGUAUUAGGAGUCAGGAUGUACAAAGGCAUAUGUUAACUCAUACAGGUGAAAAACCAUUGAAGUGUUCCCUGUGCACCUAUGCAUGUAAUGUGAAACAUAGUUUAAAAAAUGCAUAUGUUAACUCACACAGGAGAGAAACCAUUUAAGUGUUCCCUGUGCAGCUAUGCAUGUAAUUGUAAACAUGGUUUAAUAAACCAUAUGUUAACUCACACAGGUGAGAAACCAAUUAAGUGUCCUCUGUGCAUUUAUUCAUGCACUCAAAAAGCAAAUUUAAAAA